GAUUUGGGAAUGGAGUCAACCUCUCUGGAUGAUGUCCUCUAUCGAUAUGCCAGCUUUCGAAACCUGGUGGAUCCAAUCACUCAUGACUUGAUCAUCAGCCUUGCUAGAUACAUCCACUGCCCCAAACCGGAGGGGGACUCCCUCGGGGCCAUGGAGAAGCUUUGCCGGCAGCUCACCUACCACCUCAGCCCCCACUCACAGUGGAGACGCCAGGGCAUCAUGAAGAGGAAACCGCAGUCCUGCUUGAAGGCUGUCCUGAUGGGGAAGCCUCAGGACAACACAGUGGACUUGUCAGGCAUCCCACUGACGCUGAAAGACUUGGACCGUGUCACGUCCUACCUCCAGCACAGCUCGGAGCACAUCGACACGGUGGAGCUAUGCUUCACAGAGCUGACAGACGACAUGCUGCUGCAGCUGCUGCCAGCGCUCUGCGUGCUGCCCCACCUCACCACCCUCUCCCUCAAUGGCAACCGGCUCACCAAAGCCAUCCUACGGGACCUCACUGAAACCCUGAAGGACCCCAAGAAGUUCCCCUCUGUCACCUGGAUUGACCUUGGCAACAACGUGGACAUCUUCUCCUUGCCACAGCCCUUCUUGGUCAGCCUAAAGAGACGAUGCCCAAAGCAAGGCAACUUGCCAACCAUUCUAGAGUUCGGAGAGGGUCAGGUAAGCGAUUUGGAGAGCCAAGAUGGCCUGGCUGAGAGCCAGGAGGACCUACAAGCUGGACCAGGCAAGACUGACAACAUAGGCUUGCAGCAAAUGAACAGAACAGUCGAGGCUGGGGAGCUCCCCAACUCGGAGCAAGGUGCUGCGACACCACAGACAUGA